AUGCCGUCUUUCAUCGACGGCCCCAGUCUCCGGUCGCUGCUCCGGCCGUCCACAAACGGGCGCCGGACCAAGACCCCAGACAGCGCCGGUGGCGGCGGCGGCGGCGGCAAAGGAGGCGGGCAUGGAGGAGGGAUCUUCAAGAUGUUCAAGCUCAUGCCGAUGCUCUCGUCGGGGUGCAAGAUGGUGGCGCUGCUGGGCCGGCACAACAGCAGGGCGCUCCUCGCGGACCACGCGACGACGGUGACGCUCUUCGGCCACCGGCGCGGCCGCGUCAGCCUGGCCAUCCACGAGGACACCCGCGCGCCGCCGGUGUUCCUCAUCGAGCUGCCCAUGCUCACCAGCGCGCUGCACAAGGAGAUCGCGUCCGGGGUGGUCAAGCUCGCGCUGGAGAGCGACACCCGCAGCGCGCGCCGCCGGCUCGUGGAGGAGUACGUGUGGGCCGUCUUCUGCAACGGCCGCAAGGCCGGCUACUCCAUCCGCCGCAAGGACGCCUCCGACGACGAGCGCCACGUCAUGCGCCUGCUCCGCGGCGUCUCCAUGGGCGCCGGCGUGCUGCCGGCCGCGCCCGAGAAGGACGGCGGCGUGCCCGCGGGGCCCGACGGGGAGCUCACGUACGUGCGCGCCCGCGUCGAGCGCGUCGUCGGCUCCAAGGACUCCGAGGCGUUCUACAUGAUCAACCCCCACGAGGGUGGCGUUGGAGGCGACGGUGGCGGCGACGACGACGGCAGCGCACCGGAGCUGAGCAUUUUCCUAGUGAGAAUGAAGUGA